AUGAAGACUACUUUGGUUACUCUCCUUUCCGCCGCUUCGACGGUUAUGGGCCAUGGAAUCGUUCAAGAAUUCCUCAUCGGCGGCCAGCGAUACACUGGUUCCUUGCCAUUCCAGGAUCAAUACAAGAACCCAGCACCAGAACGCAUCACCCAAGCCUUCUGGGAAAACGGCAAUUCCUUCAUCGACGACGUCACGAGCGCCGAAAUUGCCUGCAACAAAGGGGCCAAAGCCGCCAAGCUUGUUGCUCCAGCCCCAGCUGGCAGUGAAAUUACUUUCUUUUGGACCGAAUGGCCAGAUUCGCACAAGGGACCUGUCAUCACUUACCUUGCUGACUGUGGAGGUGACUGUACUACCGCAGUCGGUUCUGAGUUGAACUGGUUCAAAAUCGAUGAAGCCGGUCUCCUUGCUGAUGGAACAUGGGCCGCCGAUGCCGUUAUCAAAAACAAUAACUCUUAUACUCUCACUCUCCCAAAGAAGAUUAAGAACGGACAGUAUCUCUUGCGUCACGAGAUCAUUGCUCUUCACGCUGCUCAUGAGCAGAAAGGUGCUCAAUUCUAUCCUUCUUGUACCAACAUUGAGAUCACCGGCGCCACUGGUGAAAAUACUCCAGAUACUGUUAAGAUUCCUGGUGCAUACUCCGCUAGCGAUCCUGGCAUCUUCAUCAACAUCUACUACCCAAAGGUUGAGAGCUAUGUCAUCCCUGGCCCACCUGUUUACACUGAGGAUGGUACAUCGUCCCCAAAUCCUCAGGUUCCAUCAAGCUCCACACCAGCCGACACUAGCUCCUUCCCUACUCUUGUCCCUACUGCGACUGAUGGAGUUUUCCCAACUGGAGACUUCCCAGCUGGUACCGCUGGUGUCGAAGAAACCCCAGUUGUUACCGAUUCCCCAGUGCCAAAUCCAACUGGUGGCUACGAAGCUCCUACCGAGACUGAGACCGAUGAGGAGGAUGAGCCAGAAGAAACCGCCUUUACUACAACCCUUGUCACCACCAUCGGCGGCCAAUCCGUCACAUUGACUGCAACCUAUACCACUACCCCCCCUCCGUGCUACGAGCAGGACGAUGAGGAAGUUGGAGUCAAGACCCUUGCACCAGUCCCAACCGUUGACCCAGUUGCCGCUUGCUCUGACAAGACUGUUACCGUCUCCGUUACUACCAAGGAGGUGUCGACUAGCAUUGUCACUAGCAUUGCUACCAGCGUUGUCACCAGCCUCUAUACUACCGUUGUCGAGAAGACCGUCACCGUUGUCCAGGGAGGAAAUGUUCCAGCUCAGACAACCGUUGCUCCCAAUCCUGUCACCUCAGGCACUCCAGACUAUCCUAAGCCGUCGACCUUCCCAUUGGGGCCUGGUUUUACCACCAUUGAAGCUCCAACUGUCCCCACCAGCGUUGCCACUGCUGAGGACCCAUCCGGUACCGGCACUCCGUUGAGCGGCUACGAAUCCGCACUCACCCGUCGUGAUUGCGAUGAUGCCUUCAUCAGAUGCCAACGCAGCUUUGUUGGAUGCAUGAAGCGUGCUAAGCGCAGCGGCAUGCAGACUCGAAGCUGUGAGAAGUUCAAGCGCGAUGUUUGCAUCCAAGGAUUCAAUGGGUGCAGUGCCAGGGUUUAA